GCUGGGCUUCGAUCACAAGGGCUUAUAAAACUCUCAGCGGUAGAAUCUCCUCACACAGAUAACAGACGAUAAACAUAAAACAGGGUUGACAGAGGAUGUCCAGAGCUGACUGGGGUUUUCUGGAGCACCUGCUAGAGGAAGGUCAGGAGUACUCGACUGGUGUGGGGCGCGUGUGGCUAACCGUGCUCUUCCUCUUCCGCAUGCUUGUGCUUGGCACGGCGGUCGAAUCUGCAUGGGACGACGAACAGUCUGACUUUGUCUGCAACACCAAACAGCCUGGCUGUGAGUCUGUCUGCUAUGACAAGGCCUUUCCCAUCUCCCACUUCCGUUUCUUUGUUCUGCAGGUCAUCUUCGUCUCAACACCAACCAUUUUCUACUUUGGCUAUGUGGCCCUGAGGACUAGAACUGAAAAGAGUCUGGAGGAGAAGCCGGAGGAGGAGGGCAGAAGACAGAGAAAAACCAACGAGUUUAAAUUGGAGGUAAUAAAGGAGGAAGAUGAAGAGAGCGAGGAGAAGGAAAAAGAGAAGAACCACAGCGCUCCAGGACCUCCAAAGCUCAAAGGGAAACUGCUGUGCGCUUAUGCGACUAGCAUAGUGCUAAAGGUUCUCAUUGAGAUUGGCUUCAUUGUGGGUCUAUGGAUCCUUUAUGGGUUUGUAAUCGAGGCAAAGUAUGAGUGCGAGAGGUUUCCCUGUCCUCACACAGUGGACUGUUUUGUCUCACGACCCACAGAAAAAACAAUCUUCACCAUAUACACGCAGGUCAUUGCUGCGGUCUCUGUUCUCCUCAACAUUGUGGAGCUUCUCCAUCUGCUUCAGCUAGCAGUAACACAUCGACUAGAGAAGAGGUAUCAAAGCGAGGAGGAGAUUAAUAAACUUAUUAGGGUGACUUCUUCUAGAACAGCACCAGCUAAAGCUCAAAUACCAUCGUUUGAGGAAAGAAACCAUCUCUUUCUUCCUGUAGCACAUGAUGGCUACCCUGCAUCAGGGUUGGACUGGGAUAAAAGAGAUCCUCCUUUAGCGGAGGACAUGCUUCCUAGCUACUCAAACUGCAUGAGCAAUGUGAAACCUGCCACAAACAAAAACAAUCUUCAUAAAAAACACCACAAAACUGAAGACAAACCGAGACAUUAUGUGUGAGGACCACUAAAUGAGACCCAAGGACUACAUUUUGGGGAACUACAUGUGUAAAUGACUGUUAGUGGUUUACUGUACAUUCGAGAGCCAUUUCCUUUGUUUAGAUAGGCAGAGAAAUGGUCUGUGCCUUGGGAUUGGCAACUGUCUUUUGUGAUCUAUGGCCAGAUACGGGAGCCUCUCAAGUAGUGAUUAGUUUUGAGAAGCUCAAGGUCAGGAAAUACUCAAACCACUGAGCCUAAGAGAAACAAGCACAAUGUCUAGAAAUAUCUAGUACUGAACUUAAUGAUUGAUAUGGUACAACUAAGGUAGUUCAUAAUGUACAGCAUUUGAGACAAGAAUCAAAGUUAAACCAUACCA